AUGUUUCCACCUAAGUGGACGCGACUGUCCUGUACAGUCCGGUCCGGACCAGUGCAGAGGACAUUGAGUCUAUUCUCCAGCUCGGAACCUUCAAACUGGAGUAAAGUGGUAUCUGACGCCGAGAAGAUUGUGGGUUAUCCUACUUCCUUCAUGAGCCUCCGCUGUCUACUCAGUGACGAGUUCAGUAACGUCGCAAUGCAUGUCAAGAAGCUGGUCGGAACCCAACACCCCUUACUUAACACCGCAAGAGGUUUUGUCUAUGACAGCAGAAACAACCUUCAAAUGAGAGGACUGGUUGUUCUCCUACUCUCAAAAGCUGCAGGACCGAGCCGCACAUCCACAGAUCACUUAGCUCAGGACAUGGUUGGAGGCAUAUACCCCAGCCAGCGCAAUUUGGCAGAAAUCACAGAGUUGAUCCACACAGCCUUCCUGGUGCAUCGUGGAGUUGUCAAUUUAAAAGAGUUGACAGAUUCUGACGGCCUGCUGAAAGACAUGGAGUUUGGGAAUAAAAUGGCUGUCCUGAGUGGAGACUUCCUGCUUGCAAAUGCAUGUACUGGUUUGGCCCAGUUAAACAACACUAAGGUUGUUGAACUGAUUUCCAGUGCCAUCGGUGAUUUAGUUCAAGGAAUCUACUAUGAGAAUUCCAAUAACACUGAGGAGAACAAUCUUACCGCUGAAUUGGACACAACUGCGUGGGAGGAGCAGACAUUCCUGUCUCACGGGGCGCUGCUGGCCAAGAGCUGCCAAGCUGCAAUGGAGCUGGCACAACACGAUAAGAGGUCCCAAAGACUGGCCUACAAGUAUGGCAAGCACCUGUCAUUAGGCCACAAGCUUAACUCUGACCUGCAGCCCUUUGUGAAAAGCAACGUGGGCGAGCAGGUGUCUUUCAGUUUUAGCGCCGCCCCUGUGGUUUUUCACCGCCACAUCAUUGGCCCCGAGCGAUGGCAGCAGCAACUGCAGCAGGCCAAAACAAUGAGGAACCAGCUUGAUUUUUCCAAGCUUUUGGCAGCGGUGAAGUCAGAGAAAGGCGUGAGCUCGGCGGUCAAUUUAUGCUGUUACCAUGGCAACAGAGCUCUGGAGGCCAUCCAGGCUUUCCCCUCCUCCGAGGCACGGUCCGCCUUGGAAAACAUCGCCUCCGCCAUCAUGAAAUUUUGA